UUAUUUUGGCUUCCCGCAGUCCAAGCUUGAUGCCCCGGUCUUCUUCAUCCUCAUCUUCGCGUUUCUCAUUUCUCACUUGUUUCGCCUCUGCUCAGGGCAAGGAAGGGCGUGGAUGAGGAAAUUCUGAUUCGGCGAAAACGUAGGAGAGAAAGAGACAGAACUAUGCUUCCGAAGGACUGGACUCAACCGUGCGGCAACUGCUGCACUAAGAAAUACGCAGGCGUCUUUAUGAUUCCUUGGAGAAUCUUCUGUAAGAAGGGAUGCAGUGCUGAUGGGGACUCCUGGGAUGAAUGUCUUGAAGCAUGCAAUGAGUUAUGCUACAAGGAUCCAGUUCUGAAGGAUCGUCAAUGGACUUCUUUCAUUGAUAGAUCUCCAGGGGAUGACAAUUAUUCUUUGGAAUGUUUCCAUGCUUGUGCUUCAGGCUGUGGUUUCAAGUUUGGCAUCUCCCCCGAGAAAGUUGAGCAAGUCCAGCCAAACCGGCCACAACCGCCACCGCCACCGCCCCCAUUGCCUCGGCCCAAUAAAUCGACUUCAACAGUUGAUGCAGAGCGGACGAGUGAUGAUUUUCCCGGCACGUCUGCAUAGAUUCCCCAAACUAUGAGAAUAUAAUUUUAUUUCUAAAACAAAACCCUGAUUCAAAUAGAUUUUGCAGUUUCUAGCUUUCCUACCUUCUCAAAAUGGCACAUUUUUCAGCCUGAGAUAUUAUUCUUGGACCAUAUUGCAGAGAAUUUUAUAUAAUUUUUUCUUUUUUUUUGUU